AUGUAUGCAAUUAUUUCACACAACAUUGAUUUUGUUACAUUCUUGAUGAAUGAACACAAUUUAAAUAUCGAUUUAGUAUCUUGUGGCGAAUACAAUAAUCUUGACACGCUUUUAGUUUAUUUCGAUCAAACUAAUGACAUUGACACAUGCUUUGUUUAUUCAUCGAUGCUUGACAUUCCAUCUCUUUGCAUAAAUUUCCUUUCACUUGGUGCAGAUAUCAAUUCAACUGCUAAUAGAUAUAGGUGCGAUUCUUAUAAAACAACUGCUCUUCAAUGUGCGGCAAUUAAUAAUAAUAAAGAAUUAAUUGAAUAUCUAAUUUCAAAAGGGGCAAAGAUUUGGAGAAACGCUCUUCAUCUUGCAGCAAUAAAUAAUAGUUACAAUGCAGCAGAAGUUCUUCUUGCACAUGGUAUUGAUGUCAAUAUAACAAAUGACUAUGGAUUAACAGCUCUUGAUUAUGCAAUAACGAAUAAUUGCAUAGAAACAAUAAAAUUGCUUUUGCGUAAUAAAAAAGGACAAACUGCUCUUCAUGAUGCAACAAUAAAUAAGAGUAAAGAAAUAAUUCAAUUCCUUCUUUCACAUGGUGUAAAUAUCGAUGAAAAAGAUGAAAUGGGAUAUACGGCUCUUCAUUUUGCAGUAAUUGCUAAUAGUAAGGAAAUAAUUAUACUUCUCCUUUCAUACAAUCCAAAUGUCGAUGAAAAAGAUAAAUAUGGGAAAACUGCUCUUCAUUAUGCAGCAAUCUAUAAUUACAAAGAUAUGGCUGAAUCACUUAUAUAUCAUGGUGCAAAUAUCAAUGAAAAAGAUAAUUAUGGGAAAACAGCUUUAAAUGAUGCAUUAGGUAACAAUAGUAAAGAAGUAAUUGAACUCCUUCUUUCACAUGAUGCAAAUUCAAAUUCUUGA